GUGUGUUGCCAGAGUAUUUAGUGCCUGUUGCAUAUUCUGUGAUGUUUCUACUUCCCCAUUAUUACUCUUGUGUGUGUGCAGUGCCAUAGUGUUAUAUAGGGAAAUAUUUAGUAUGAUCACAUUCAACCUCGUAAUCAUUCAUUUACUAUCUUCCCACGUGUUUGCCCUGUGGACUCUCCCUCUCUGGAUCAACAGCGUGUAAGUUGUGUUUGCACGUGUACACUUAUUUUAAUGGUUACUAUAGGAACUCCUACACUAAUUGUAGGAAAUCGUAAAAUGUCUUUGCCUUUUAAUUUGCAUAUUGCCAACUUGGUAUUAGCCGAGGCCCACAAAACUUAUUAGGUUGUACUUUUAAUACUCUUGUUGGUUUAUAGAAUAUGCAUCUAAGUUGGUACAUUAUCGUGUUUGUCUCUUCCCAUGCACACACUCAUUCCUAUGUUGGACUUCACACUGAUUUGGACUACUGUAGGAGGAUUGGAUUGAGGUAUGUUGUGAUUGUGUGUGUGUCUCAUGGAAUGCGUGUGUUGUAUUGUACGACAAACAAAGUCAUACGUAUCAAAGUUGUACAUGUAAGAUGCUUGUUGUACCGUUUACCGUCCUUUCCACUGACCCACCCACUGACCCCUUCCAUUAUCUGCCAUUGCUAGUACUAAGUAUCUGUGUGUGUACUAGCCAGUGUGUACUGAGUUACUACCAGUGUGUUUAUAUCCCUCUCUCCUCACAUGUACCCUCUGUGGACUGUUACUCAACAACAGCACGUGAGUUUAUUAUUGUCAGUGUGCGCUAGCUGAGUAUUGUAUAUUUAAUGGCAUACUAGACUGACUUGUGUACAUGUACUACUGCAUGAAGGCAGAAAUUGUGUGGCUUUAUUUAGGAUUGGUACUGCUCUUGAUAGUUUCAUGCUGUACAGACGUGUACUUGCAAUAAUUGAUGUAUACAUGUGUGAAUGCAUUCGUGUAUUUUAACAUGUUCAUUUCUCUACAUGUCCGUGUCCUACUGCUUGUUAAUGUGACUACUGCUAAUGAUUACUGGAACAACAGCAUGUAAGUUACAGUAUACAGACAUGUAUGAAUGCACUUACUGCUCCUACCAUCAUCCCCCUCUCUCUGUUUCCAUGUGUGUCUUACGCUGGUGUCUCAUUGGACUAAACAGAAGGUGAGCGGGACACUGCACUGACUUGUGACUGUACUUGUGUCAGUAAUGUUUGAGUUGUACGUAUGAGAACAUGCCGUGUAAUAUAAAUUAUUGACAUCAUAGUGUACAGGUUUGUGAUUAUAUUCUUUUCUCUCCAUACAUUUCCAUGGUUACUGAAUAUCUGGAACGAUAGAGAACGAAGGCUAGGUAUGAGAGGGAACUGAAGAGUUGUGAGACGAGAAGAGCUGCCCUCCAACAGAGACUGUCUGGUGAUAUCACUGAUCAGGACCAGAGACAACUGCAGGGAGAGCUGGAGGAGGUGGAGGGGAAGAUCAAGAAGUGUGUCUCAGAGAUACAGAAGUAUGAGCGGUUCAUACAUGGCAAUGAGAAUGAUAUUGCUGAGAUACAAGGAAGACCAGAGAGGCAGAGAAAGGAAGAAUCGAAGCGGUUGUUUGAUGAGGGGAUGAAGCACGGACACGUCUUGGUCAACAUUGUCAACAUACUCGUGUUUGGACCGGCGGGAACAGGGAAGACCAACCUCAAGCACCUGCUAACUGACAAGCCCCCUCCACCGCAGCGAGACAGCACUCCUUGUAUGGAAAAGCCAGUACGCAUUCGACCUGUGUCCAACGCAAAAUUCAGGUCAACUGGAAGAGGCUGGGAAGAGAUGUCUCAGUCAAAACUGCGCAAUCUACUAGCUCAAAUCAUCGCCAAGCUACCAAAAGAAAGCACUGAUCCAUCUACGGCAUCAAGGGUUGCCGAAAGCUUGAAGAAGAUGACCACAACCGAGCCAAGAUCGAUAUCUGGUUCCGAUGAGCAACUUUCUGAUUCCGAUGAGCCAUUUUCUGAUUAUUCAGAUGAUUUUAGUUUCGAUGAGCUAAUUUUUGAUUGCAGUUCGAGCAACGAUUCCGAUGAAAUUUCUGGCUCUGCAAAGUUGGACGAAGCCAUCGAUGAAGUGAUAGCGAGUGUAGUGAGUGGUGUGGCAGAAGAGCUGAAGCCAGCCACACAGGGAACUGACCAACUGUCGAGCAGUGACCAGCAAGAAGGAGAACUGUUUGAUUCCAACUGGGUGUACGUUACCGACUGCGGCGGACAACCCCAAUUCCACGACAUCAGCCCUCUCUUCAUCAAGCACAUUUCGGUGGCGUUGAUAGUCCUGCGUUUGAUUGACGAACUCUCCAGUUUCCCUUCUGACGAGUACUACAAGGAUGGGCAACUUGUUGGUAGUCCUCAUGCAUCUCACAUGACCCUCGGGGAGACACUUCAGAGUCUCAUUCGAUCCAUUGAGUCCCAUACCUCACAGGACAAGAAGCCGAAGAUGAUCUUUGUGGGCACAUUCUUGGAUCAGCUCAAGAGCUUGAAUACACUUACCAAGAGGAAUCAAGAAAUUCUCGACAUGCUGCCACCUGAUAUCAAGAAGCUUUUGGUGUACGAAGAUCUUGGAUUGAACAAUCUGAUUUUUGGCCUCAACACGAUCAGCCGAGAUGAUGAUUCACUGGCCACUGCCAAUAGGAUUAGAAUUACUGUUGAGCGUUCUAUUCCACUACAAGUCAAAAUGCCCAUCUGGUGGUCCUUCUUGGAUUCACUUCUCCAGAGUUUAUCUGCCACUCUCGAGCGAGGUGUACUAAGCAAGCAAGAAUGUCUCCGAUUAGCCACUCGAUUUCGUUAUGCGCUCCAAGAUCUUGAAGCUGCUCUGGACUUCUUUGACGAGGUGUGUAUAGCGCACUACUAUCCCUCCAUUCUCCCCAACACAGUGUUUGUGGAUGCCCAGAUUCCACUAGACAAGAUCACCGAGCUCUCACAGCACGCCAUCUCCCUGAGGAGUGCUGAAGUCAAAUCACACUCUACUCUAAGCUCAGGAGGGAUCGAGGCCGAAUGGAAGAGAUUUCGAGACGAAGGCAUAAUCAAUUUAAAGUUCCUACGAUUCUUUGAGAAGCAUUACGUUGAAGGCAUCUUUUCUCCAGAAGAUAUGCUGUUGAUCAUGAAAGAGCUUCUCGUGAUUGCUCCCAUUCCACUAGUGGAGUCCACUACCCACCAAGUCGAGUUCUUCAUGCCAUCUCUACUUAAAUCUGCUCCCAUUGCUGAACUGGACAAAGUCCGUUCCUCAUCUGUCCCCCUCGCUAUUCACUUCCCUAGUGGGUGUAUUCGUUCUGGUGUCUUCUGCUGUACGGUUGUUGAUGUAAUGCGGAGGCUUGGUUGGGAAGCUGUUCUCCCCUCAAGUGGUCCGAUACUUUUCGCUAAGAAUUGUAUUCAAUUUCGAAUUCCGAGUCGUCCUUGUGUCAUCUCAUUGGUUGAUUCCUUCUCCCGUAUUGAAGUGUAUGUCGAAGCCCCCCCUCCAUUACGCAAAGAGUUGUGUCCCAUAGUUUGUUCUCAACUAAUGGAAUCCAUCAAAGCUGCUUGUGUUGUUUUGAAUUACAACAAUGAUACACCUAAAGCAGCGAUCUUUUGCCCAUGCAAGAAGAGUGGAAACAAGUUGCACGUUGCCGAUGUGAGUGUGGAUGGCUAUUGGAUGUGCUCCCUUCAUGCACGUGAGUGGGGAGAGCUCAGUGACCAACAUAGAAUCUGGCUGGACAAUAGUGAAGGUUCUGGUGAAGCCUCCUCUGUUACGAGAGAUGUGAACACUGAAAGAAAGAGACAUCAGCUGCAAUACUCCGGCCCAUCGUCCCCUGUAAUGGAACCUGUGUGUAGAAUGAGUAAUCAAUAUACCAGUAAGGAAGUUUCCGGUGCAUCAUCGUCUGCUACGAGAGGUACUUGUAGGAAGACUGAGAGAAAGAGUGAUCAGCAACAAUACUCUAGUGCGUCAUCCUCUGUUACAGGAGACAUGUGUACAAAGAUGACAUUCGGUGAAGCCUCCUCAGAUGUGAACACUGACAGAAAGAGAGAUCAGCUGCAAUACUCCGGUCCAUCGUCCCCUGUAAUGGAACCGGUGUGUAAGAAGAUGAGAAUGAGUGAUCAAUAUACCAGUAAGGAAGUUUCCGGUAAACCAUCGUCUGCUACGAGAGGUACUUGUACGAAGACUGAGAGAAAGAGUGAUCAGCAGCAAUACUCUAGUGCGUCAUCCUCUGUUACAGGAGACAAGUGUACAAAGAUGGCAUUGAGUGAUCAGCAGCAACAAUCUGGUAAAUUGCAAUCAUCCUCUGUAAUGGAAGAUGUGUGCAGGAAGACUGGAGUGACUGAUCAACAGCUCGAUCAAGAAAUCCCCAACAGUGACAUCUACUGUGUAGCUGAACACAUUGAGAUAACACCUGGCCUGCUUGAAAGACUCGAACUCACUACUGCUGAAAAAAGCGAUGCUACUCGAAAGGGAAACUAUGAAGGCAAUCAAAGUGGAGUGGCUUAUGCGUUGAGUGUGUGGCGAAGAGUGAAUCCUUCCAGAGCUACCUUCAGGGCCUUGGUGGAAAUUGCCAUAGGACUGAGAAGAGGAGACACUGCUACAGACAUUUGUAGAUUCAUUGUAGACAAUACUAGUGGAACUGAUAAACUAAACUGAACACUGAAAUCUGAAAUCUGUUACAACGUAUUGAUGCUGUUUUGUGUGUCUGCUUUUUUGUAAA